AUGAAAAGACAAUUUGCAUUGACGACACGAAAUCCUCGCGAGUUCAACGGACUGCGGGGAAUUAAUCUGUGCAGAAUGAGAGGGACAAAGGUUUUUUUCCUGAUCUUAUUUAUUGGACAUCUCUCUGCGUUACCAGACACUAUUAGAAUAGGUGGCUUAUUUCACCCAGAAGACGAUAAGCAAGAAGUAGCAUUUCGUUACGCAGUGGAGCGAGUAAAUGCAGACAGAGCCGUUUUACCAAGAGCUAAGUUGCUAGCACAAGUAGAAACUAUAUCGCCCCAGGAUAGCUUCCACGCUUCCAAACGAGUAUGCCACCUUCUACGAAGCGGCGUGGCAGCAAUUUUCGGACCGCAAUCAGCUCCUGCCGCGGCUCACGUACAAUCUAUUUGUGAUACGAUGGAGCUGCCCCACUUAGAGACUAGAUGGGACUAUCGCACGCGUCGAGAAUCGUGCCUUGUCAACUUAUAUCCACAUCCCGCCGCUCUCAGCAGAGCGUAUGUUGACCUCGUCAGAGCAUGGGGAUGGAAAUCAUUUACAAUUAUAUACGAAAAUAGUGAUGGGCUUGUGAGGCUUCAAGAACUUCUCAAAGCUCAUGGACCAUCAGAGUUGCCGGUAGCAGUUAGACAACUGCCGGAUUCUCAUGACUAUAGGCCACUACUGAAACAAAUUAAAAACUCUGCAGAAUCACACAUUGUUCUCGAUUGCACAACUGAGAGAAUAAGGGAUGUACUCCAACAAGCUCAGCAGAUUGGCAUGAUGUCAGAUUAUCACAGUUACUUGAUAACAUCUCUGGACCUUCAUAGCGUUGACUUAGAAGAAUUUAAAUAUGGAGGUACAAAUAUAACUGCCUUAAGAUUACUCGACCCCGAGAGAUCUGAUGUACAAAGAGUGGUACGAGACUGGGUAUACGAUGAGGCUAGGAAGGGUCGUAAACUACAAUUAGGUCACACUUCUGCUAAGGAAAACAUGACCUUCAUUAAAACGGAAACAGCCCUCAUGUAUGAUGCUGUACAUUUAUUCGCAAAAGCUUUACAUGAUCUUGAUACAUCCCAACAAAUCGACGUGAAACCUUUAUCUUGCGAUGCUGAAGAUACCUGGCCACAUGGGUACAGUCUUAUUAAUUAUAUGAAGAUCGUUGAAAUGAAAGGUCUAACAGGUGUUAUAAAGUUUGAUCACCAAGGAUUUAGAAGCGAUUUCACACUUGACAUAAUUGAAUUAACAAGGGAUGGCUUACAAAAGGCGGGAAUGUGGAAUUCCUCGGAGGGUGUCAAUUACACAAGAUCUUUCGGCGACAACCAGAAGCAAAUUGUAGAAAUCCUACAAAAUAAAACGCUUAUCGUGACAACGAUUUUGAGUGCGCCAUAUUGUAUGAGAAAAGAGGCUAGUGAAAAACUAAUAGGCAAUGCGCAGUUUGAAGGUUACGCUAUUGACUUGAUUCAUGAAAUAUCAAAAGUACUAGGCUUCAAUUACACGUUCAAAUUAGCUCCUGAUGGUCGAUAUGGAUCGUAUAACAGGGAAACCAAAGAGUGGGAUGGUAUGAUAAGGGAAUUAUUAGAACAAAGAGCGGAUGUCGCAAUAGCUGAUCUAACUAUAACAUAUGACCGGGAACAAGUGGUCGACUUCACGAUGCCUUUCAUGAAUCUCGGCAUUUCGGUCUUAUACCGGAAACCCAUAAAACAACCGCCAAACUUAUUUUCCUUUCUGUCACCGCUUUCCCUUGACGUUUGGAUUUAUAUGGCUACCGCAUAUUUGGGAGUCUCAGUACUUCUAUUUAUCCUCGCUAGGUUCACUCCUUAUGAAUGGCAUCCAUCACACUCACCGGACGGAGAAAAAUUGGAGAAUGUUUUCUCUUUGGCUAAUUGCUUGUGGUUCGCGAUCGGAUCACUAAUGCAGCAGAGUUGUGAUUUUUUGCCCAAGUUCAGCCCCUACGAGUGGGACAGCCCCAGGAACUGUAUUGACGAGCCACCUGUCCUGGAGAAUCAAUUCACUCUGUUGAACUCGCUGUGGUUCACUAUUGGAUCCUUGAUGCAGCAAGGUUCGGAUAUCGCACCGAAAGCUGUUUCUACGCGAAUGGUGGCAGGAAUGUGGUGGUUCUUCACUUUGAUUAUGAUAUCCUCUUACACUGCAAACCUGGCGGCGUUUCUGACUGUAGAACGAAUGGACUCACCUAUUGAAAGCGCUGAGGAUCUCGCUAAACAGACUAAAAUAAAAUAUGGAGCACUGAAAGGCGGUUCUACAGCUGCUUUCUUUAGGGACUCCAACUUUUCGACAUACCAAAGAAUGUGGUCAUUUAUGGAAUCAGCCAGACCCUCUGUAUUUACAAGUAGCAAUAAGGAAGGGGAGGAGAGGGUGAUGCGAGGCAAAGGCGCUUAUGCGUACUUAAUGGAGUCAACAACUAUCGAGUAUGUCGUUGAAAGAAACUGUGACCUAACACAAGUUGGUGGAAUGUUAGAUUCAAAAGGGUACGGAAUCGCAAUGCCACCGAAUUCUCCUUAUCGAACUGCUAUUAGCGGCGCUGUAUUGAAAUUACAAGAAGAAGGGAAAUUGCAUAUUUUAAAAACAAAAUGGUGGAAGGAAAAACGGGGUGGAGGCUCGUGCAGGGAUGAAACCUCAAAAUCGUCGUCAACGGCAAACGAACUGGGUCUCGCAAACGUGGGCGGCGUGUUUGUGGUACUUAUGGGUGGUAUGGGGGUAGCGUGCGUCAUAGCUGUCUGCGAAUUUGUUUGGAAAUCAAGGAAGGUUGCUGUGGAUGAACGGAAAGAAGAGGCUUCACUUUGUUCGGAAAUGGCUUCGGAGCUGCGAUCCGCGCUUAAAUGUCCGAGCAGCGCAGGAAGCGGCGGUGGUGCGACAGGCACCAGAGACGGGGCUGGUUCUCCAUACCUGCACUAUGGUUUUAGCACAAAAAGUCAACUACACUAG